UUACAUGAUAAAAUAAAAAAAACCCAUAAAUAGUCAAAAUCAAGUCUUGAUAAGAGCUUGUAAUCAAAUAUUUAAAAUAUAAAAAUUUAAAAUUAUACCACUUCAAAUUUGGUUUUAUCUACAAUAAUAGUUUACUAUUUUAGAAUAAAUAUGCGUAAAUCCGUUAAAUAAUUUGUAUUUUAUCAUGUAAAAUAGAUUUAUGAUUUUUUUAUGUGACUGACUAUUCUUUUCUUUUUCUAUAUGUUAGUUCCAUAAGUACUUAUGGAUUUCAUACAUCAGGUAACAUAGAAAACUUUCUUUUCGUUCUUAUUAAAAACGCAUAUAUAUAUAUCUAUAUAUUAAAUAUUAUUGUUUGAAAUAAAAAUUCUAUAUCAAAAUAGAAAUAAGAACUAUCUUGCACUACAUUAAACAAACAAAUAUUUUUCUUUUAUUUUUAAAAAAAAAUCUUCUCAUCAUUUUACUCAUCAAAAUUUUCCAUCUAUAUAUUAGAUAAAGAAAAAAUUUGAAGAUAAAAUUUUGUAUUACUUCUCCAAAAAAUAGUCUCUUUUUUAAUGACACCCUCUAUUCUACAAUUUGGUUUCGGGAACGGUUUAUUUCUGCCAUAUAAACAGAAAAGAAUAGUGUAUGUAUGUUUUUUUUUUCGUCGAUAUAGAGAAUUUUUUUUUUUUGUUUUUCUAUUAUAUGAUAAACUACUUUUAAUAAUUUCAACAAGAUCCAUUCUAUGUUAUUAUAAACAUCUAUUUUUAAGCCAUCUAGUCGUCGGAAUUCAAUAAAUAGAUGUAUCAGUUUGUGGUGAUAAAAAUUAAUGACUCUUUAUAAUUAGGUGUAUGUGUUUAAUGAUACGUACUUCUCUAUCAUUAAAUUAUUCAAAAUUUUUCUUAUAUUCAACAUAAUAUUAGUAUAUAUAUUAUUUUUCUUCUCUUUUUUGCGUCUAAACUUAGUCUCUAGAAAAACACAUAGUUCAUAUUUCCAGUUCGAAGAUUUAACGGAAGUAUGGUGUUUUACGCUAAUACUAAUGUUGAUGUUGUUUUGUUUUUUACCAAAUGUUUUCUAAAUAAAUCUCUUUUAUAAGUUUCUAUACACGUCUAUAGUGUCUAUUUUUUUAAAAAAAUGUUUACCUGUAUGUUUGUUCAUCUUUCCUUCUAUUUUAUGAUUUUUUUAGUUUUUGCUUUUGCUUUUUUUUUAUAUUAAAAUACAUCUUCGUUUGAUUCUGCUUUUUGAUAAAAACAAAAAAAAAUUUUAUCCGUUUUUUUUUUUUUUUUCAUUAUUCACUAAUUCAAAUAUAUUUUUUACAGAAAUUUUACAUACCUACAAAUAUUUGUCAAAUUUGUAGAUAAAUAUAUUUAGUACAAUUUUUUAUUUGACUAUAAAAAAAGAGAAUUUGUAAUUACAGACAUGAUUAUUUUUUGUAUAUGGAAAAUCUCUUAAUUUUACUCUUAGAAAUUUGAGAUAUAUUUAUCGGUAAACAAAAUGAAAUUUUCUUUGAAUGAAAUAUUUGUAUUCUUUGUCUCGUUGAUUUUAUUAGCAGUUUAUAUGAAAAUUUGAAAAUGUUUAAUACACAUGUGACAUCCAUUUCAAUUUUCUACAUCGAUCUUUCUUUUGACUUCGAAAAAUAAUUUUUUAUUAUUUGACACGUGAUUAAUCGAUAAAUUAAAGAAUUUUUUAUUAGCAUUUUUUGCAUGUUUUUCGUCUUCUCUUCAAUUCGAUAUAAUUUACAUGUUAACUUUUUUAUUUAUUUAUUUAGAGUAUAGUGGUUACUCUAGUCCAACUUGUCAAUAUUACAUACACAAUUCACAACCACCAUCAAGGCAUUCACCAUCAUCCCUAUCUCAAUCUGACGAUAAUCAUGAAAUAUUAUUCGAUAAUGAUUCUAUUCGAUGGCAACCGUCAUCUCAUUUAACAAAUGGACAUUGUUCAAACGGUUGUAUACCACAACAACAAAAUCAUUCAGAAUUAGCUUAUAGUCAAUCAACAACAACAACAACAACAACAACAACGAAAUUGUCUGAUUUUUUACCAUUUACAACUGUUGAACAAUAUGAAGAUGUAAAUGGAUCGAGUUCAUGUGAUUCAAUAGAUUCAGGAGGAUUAUUUAUUGAAAAUAGUUCAUUAUCAAAAAAUACUAAUCAAAGUCAUAAUUGUACAAAUAUAAAUAUACAAAAUAGUGAGAAUAACCAUUUAUCAGAUACAUUAUUGACAGAUAUGAUUUCUACUUCUUCGUUACCUAUGUCGGAUACGUGUACAUACAUUCAAUUGGAAAAACAAAAUUCACAUUCGACAGCUGAUUAUGAUAACAUUGAAAAUAUGACCAAUUCAGAGUUACAAGUGAAUGAAGAAGAUUCUCAUAUUAGUAUGAGUGAUAAACAACAUCAACAAUUUUCUUCUGCUCUCUCUUCAUCCUUCACACCAUCACGUUUAACGCAAGGUCAAAUAUUUCAAGAACUAGAUCAAAAAACAAAACAAGAAAUUGAUGAAAUAUUAAAAAGUUUAGAAGAAGAUGAAGAUAAUCACGAAAAUCAUACCUUAACAACAUCCGAAACCGUGAAUAAAUCCGUUGAUUUACCAUCUGCUUGUCGAUUGGCGAAACGUUUAUAUUUAUUAGAUGGUUUUAAAUCCACGGAUGUUGUGAGACAUUUAUGUAAAAGAUUUAGUGUUAUUAAAAUAAUGUUCAAUUGUUUACAUGUUAUACAUUUGAUAAUGAAUGUAUAA